AUGAUACAGUUUGACGCUGUCAAACAUGAUAUCUUCCAUCCCAACCAACUUGGCGGUAUCUGCCAGAGGUCGACUGAGGAUGCUGGAUUGAUUUUGACUCAUCUUGUGCAAGCGGAGUGGGUUAAGGGUCUCCAGACUAGUGUGCUGGCCUUUGACAUCGCGCAGUUCUUCCCUUCUAUCAACCAUGACAUGUUCAUGGCUGUCCUGCGCAGGCAAGGGUUUUCGUCAAUCUUGGUGGAUUUCUUUGCCUCUUACUUAGUUGGUUGCUCCAUGGUUUACUGUUGGAACACCUUCCAAUCUGACUCACGGUCUGCGGACGUGGGUGUCGGGCAGGGCUCUGCUCUCUCGCAUGUUAUCUCAGGGCUUUUCAUUGCUCCAGUAAUGAAGCUCUUUUAUAUCAAAGCAGCGCCGCUCAACACGACACUGCUCUCCUUUGUGGAUGACGGGACCAUCCUGGCCCAGUCCAAACAACUUGAUGAUAAUAAUGUGGGCCUGCGUAAGGCCUACAAGAUUAUCUACCUUCUCUUUGUUGCUUUCGCACUCGUUCUUGAACAUGACAAGACUGAGCUGUUUUACUUUUUGCGUCGACGAGACGCCUACAAUCCCUUGCUGGAUUUGGGGUACACCCCACAUACAGGUGCUACACUUUGA